AUUGCAUUUGCGCUGGUAAAACUUACUCCAAUAAGUCCGGAGUUUGGGUUCGGUCUCUUCAUCAUCGGUUCUGCACCAGGCGGUGGGGCUUCAAACGUAUGGACACGCCUUCUGGGUAGUGAUCUCAAUCUCAGCAUCACCAUGACUCUGAUCAGCUCUCUUGCUGCCCUAGGCAUGAUCCCUUUGCUCUUCGUCACCCUCGGUAAUCUCAUCAAACCCCUCAGCGUCAGUCGCCUACCUUACGGCCUGAUCACUGCUCAAAUUCUUGCCAUCUUCCUGCCUGUGGUGGGAAGCUUGCUAAUGCGUCGAUUCUGCCCUUCACUGGCUGACAAACUGCGUCUAGGCAUGCGAUCGACAGCUCUCAUCUUCCUGCUCUAUGUCAUCAUCUUUGGCUCGGUUGCUUACCUACCCAUCUACCGGCUUAUGGCCCGAUACCCCCUGUUGCUGGCCGUCGGGGCCAUCUUACCCUUCACAGGGUACCUCAUCGGAUUCAUUUUCGCCAAACUUCUCUGUUGUCCCUGGCCCUUAGUCACGGCUAUCGCUAUAGAAACGGGCGUUCAGAACAGUGGCGUUGCCAUUCUCAUCCUCAUCAAUGCGAUGCCUCAGCCUGAGGGCGAUCUAGGCGUUAUUAUGCCGAUAAUCGUGGCGCUGAUGACUCCCUUGCCUCUCAUAUGCAUCUUCUUGGUCCGCUUGGUGGUCGGAUUGAUCAAACGGAAAGAGGCAAAGGUGUCCUCAACUGAGUCAGAUGAUAUUGAUGUUCUUUAA